UGCUCUAGCCUUAUUGCAAAACUCCACAGAAAGUAAACUUCACUGUAGCCUUCCAAUUCAUGGCAUUUUAGUAGUUGUUUCCAUUUGUUUCAUCAUUCCAGCUUUAGCCCCUUUUAAGAUAAGGCUUAACGGAGGCCAAAAAUGGGAGAAUGGGGCUUUCUCUCCAAGCUUCUGGACAAGGUGCAGUCCCACUCCACUGUGAUUGGAAAGGUGUGGAUGACAGUGCUCUUCGUCUUCAGAAUCAUGGUUCUUGGAGGUGGUGCAGAAAAGGUGUGGGGGGAUGAACAGUCCAAAAUGGUGUGCAACACUAAACAGCCGGGUUGUGUGAACGUAUGCUAUGACCAUGCUUUCCCCAUAUCCCACAUUCGCUUCUGGACCCUCCAAAUCAUCUUCGUUGCCACACCGACGCUCAUGUACCUCGGGCAUGUCCUGCAUGUCAUCCACAAGGAGAAGAAACUGAGAGAGCAUCUCCAAAACCAAGCCGAGUGUCAGGGCAUUAAACAGCCCAAGUACACAGACGACAAGGGGAAGGUCAAAAUUAAAGGUGAUCUGCUUGCCAGUUACAUGGCCAGUGUGAUUGUUAAGAUCUUGCUCGAGGCGGCUUUCAUAGUAGGUCAAUACUACCUGUAUGGUUUUGUGAUGGUGCCCAAAAUUGAGUGUACCCGAUACCCAUGUCCAUACACUGUAGAGUGCUUCAUGUCUCGACCCACAGAGAAGACUGUCUUCAUCAUCUUCAUGCUGGUGGUGUCAUGUGUGUCGCUGCUGCUGAAUAUAAUCGAGAUUUUCUACUUGAUUGUGCACAGAUCAAAAAGGCAUCAUGCGUCUCUGGGAUUAAAUGGAAGAAAAUUUUAUCAUCUUCCUGGGACUGAACAUAGUAGGAAAUCCUAAAUAAUCCUAAACAAACAAACAACAACAAAAAAACAAAUAUCAAAACUGUCAAGUGUCAAGCCUGGCCUAAAUUAAUUAACUAUAUACCCUUGUAUUGAAUAAAAAAUUAAGGGUGCCACACUUUUAUGGUAUACCGUUUAGGGAAUUUUGUGUGUGGAAAGUAUCUUUAAGACUUCUUGCUUCUGUGUCCUAUUUCCCAAGUGCUACAGGACUAGAAUCUUACUUCAUUGUAUUUGUAGACUUUUCAGUGGCUUCAUGAAUAAGGUUGAAUGCUAAGAAGAAGAAGGUUAUUUCAAACCUUUAUUUCUUUUUUCUCUUUUCCCCUUCUUUUCAUUUAUCUUUUCUGUGUUAGAUUUAGUGAACAAAACCUCACUAAGACAUCUGAUUUGCAAAUGCUUUAUUUUGUAAAUAAUGUUACCACAUACUUUAGCGAUAUCUUUAUCAAUGCGUUUUACUGAUAUGUUACUCUUUGUUUAAGCCUUAAUUUAACUUUUCCUUAUCACAGGAAUAUCAAACUUUCACUGCUAGAUGCACUACAAAUGUAGUCUCCAAAACCUGUACAUUAUAGGCAGUACCACAUGACUGAAGAGUCUGGACCUCUCUUGAGAUACAGUAGCUACAGUUUUAAGAGGUAUUUUAAGAGAGAUAUUAUUAGAAAACCUCUUGGCCUCUGUUUACUAUAUAUGUAUAUAUAGCAAUAUAAUUUAUGACUGUUCUAAGGGGCUU